CCGCACCAAAUUUAAACCACACCGCCGGAGACGCCGCCGUAAUCGGCCAUUACGCCGGCGCCUCCGUCCCCCACCCGCCCGAUACGAUCAACUAUGGAGCACGCCUGCAAUUUCUCAUUCCACGUCGCCGCCGUCUCCGCCGCCAUCGCCUACAUCUAUUUCUCGACGGUGCUUGUCUUCAUCGACCGCUGGUUCGGUCUGGGUUCCUCUCCUGGAAUGAUAAACGCCGCCGUUUUCACUUUCAUAGCCGCCAUGAGCAUAUCCAGCUACCGCCGCGCCAUUUACACGGAUCCGGGCCGAGUCCCAACCUCAUUCGUGCCCGAUGUUGAGGACCCGGACAGCCCGAUCCACGAGAUCAAGCGCAAGGGUGGUGAUUUGAGGUACUGCCAGAAGUGUUCCCACUAUAAGCCUCCUCGAGCCCAUCAUUGCCGCAUAUGCAAUCGAUGUGUUUUACGAAUGGAUCACCAUUGUGUAUGGAUGAAUAACUGCGUGGGGCACGCAAACUACAAGAUCUUCUUUGUCUUUGUGUUUUAUGCUGUUCUUUCUUGCAUAUACUCCCUGGUAUUACUUGUUGGAAGUGCGACAGUUGAUUCUCAUCAAGAUGCUGAAGACACUUCUCGAACAAUACAUGUCAUUUCAGGUUUACUGUUGGUGCCCUUAUGUUUGGCGCUAGGAUUUUUCCUCGGAUGGCAUUUCUAUCUUAUUUUACAAAACAAGACUACAAUUGAGUACCAUGAAGGCGUAAGAGCAAUGUGGCUUGCCGAGAAAGGAGGCCAUCUCUAUUCACAUCCAUAUGAUAUUGGCACUUUUGAUAAUUUGACAGCAGUUCUGGGUCCAAAAGUUUUGUGCUGGCUGUGCCCCAGUUCAGGGCAUGUUGGCUCCGGCCUUCGUUUCAAAACCAAGUAUGAUGCCCUCAUGGGAUUGUCGCCUCCAGAUUGAAGACGAGUUUGUGGCUCUAGAUAACAUACAUUCUAUACUGUGCUGAUGAUGGUAAAGGAUAGUUUCAAACAUGUAUCAACCAAUGAUAGUCUUGUAGCUGAAGUCAUUAAGCUUUCUCCUGUUCAUGUUCUAGAGUGUUGUAACGUGUAGGUUUUGUAUCGUGCCUGUCUCUGCCUUCUGGGGUCGGAAGUUUGAGCUUCCCUCCCCACACGGUAAUCUGUAUAGAAGCUUACAACAUUGUGAUGUACAAAAUGGAAUUUACAACCCUGAUUGACCUAUACAAGUAGAACUGUAAUCUUGUGAUCAUCAAACAUUUUUGGCAAUAGAUUUUUUUUUUAUGGCAA